AUGAAGUCCUCACUUGCCCACCUGAUACCGGCGGCCUCCCUGGGCCACGCCAUCUCCAUCUCCCUGCCCCCGCUCAUUCCUUCAAUCCCCGGCGUCACGGAGCCCCUGAACGACCUGGCUCCGCCGCUGCCCAUCCUGCAGGUUCCCACACCCCCGCUGGACAGCCCUCCGUUCGAGGCCAGCGAUAUCAAGCCCAAGAAGAUUGGCUACUUCUGGACCGGCGCCGGUGACAAGAAGCACAAGGAAUGUGCUCCUCCAGACUUCCUCGCCACCUACAGUCUCGAUGACGACACGUUCGGCACGCUUCUGUGGGUUACCGACGUGCCCACUAGCGGAAAUGAUCCUCACCACCUUGGGCCUUCGCUUGACGGCAAGACCCUGAUUGGGGGCGGUCUCCUGUCCCUGCUCAAGACUCAGGACACUGCCUUCUACUUUGACACGUCCAACCCGUACCGGCCCAAGUUUCUCAAGAGCAACCGGGCUCUCCUCUCGUCCAUCACGGACGAGAUCCGCGCCAAACCCGACGGCGGCUUCUUCAUCACCUACAUGGGCUCGGCCGUCGGCACCUCCCCCGGCCGUCUGGUCGAGACCGAUGCCGAGUUCAACGUGAUCCACGAGUGGCCCGAGGACGUAGAGGGCACGCUGAACAUCCUCGGCCAGCAGUUCAACCCCCACGGCCUGAGCAUCGACUGGGAGAGGGGCAACAUCCUCACCUCCGACUUUGUGGAGCCCAUCAGCAUCCUCAAGCCCAGCCUCGGCAUCAAGAAGGCCAACACGCUCCGCCUGUGGGAUCUCAAGACGAAGAAGAUCCUCAACACCAUCACCAUUCCGAAUGGCGGCGGUAUCCAAGACGUCAAGCACAUUCCUGGUAACCCCGAGGGUGCCGCUAUCGCGACCGCAGUCCAAACCGGCCAAGUCUGGAUCAUCUACCCCCAGCGCAAGGACGCCAACGGAAAGCCCGGUGUUGCCGAGCUGCUGUACGACCUCGGUCCCAAGGCUCGUGACACCACGGCCAUCUACUCCGACCUCACCCAGGACGGCCGCUUCCUCUACCUGACCCUGACGACGGCCAACCACAUCGCCGCGCUGGACAUCAGCGACCUCGGCAACGUCAAGCGGCUCGACGACCCGGACGAGGACCAGCCGACGAUCGGGCCGCACUACGUCAAGGUGACGCCGGACCAGAAGCACCUGCUCGUGACGGACUACUUCGUCCAGACGGGCUCCAUCGGCCUCAUCAACACCCCCGCCGACUUCAAGGCCCUCUACAUCGACAUCCUCGACGACGGCAGCCUCGCCUUCAACCGCUCCAUCGACUUCAGCCGCGACUUCGCCAACCGCGGCGGCGGCAAGCCCCACUCCUCCGUCGUCUUUGACCUGACGGAUCCCGAGCACCCUCUCUACUACUAA